UGCAUAGCGGCCCUAUAAGUAGAGAGCUCUGCCGCUACUUUGUUAUCCUGUUCUGAGAAAGUGAGCAAGUGCUGGUAAGAUGCCGGAGCCGGUUAAGUCUGCUCCUGCUCCUAAGAAAGGUUCUAAGAAGGCGGUGACUAAAACACAGAAGAAAGGCGACAAAAAGCGUAAGAAGAGCCGCAAGGAGAGUUACUCCAUCUACGUGUACAAGGUACUGAAGCAGGUGCACCCCGACACUGGUAUUUCAUCCAAGGCCAUGGGCAUCAUGAACUCCUUCGUCAACGACAUCUUCGAGCGCAUCGCUGGCGAAGCCUCGCGCUUAGCACACUACAACAAGCGUUCCACCAUCACUUCUCGGGAGAUCCAGACGGCCGUGCGGCUCUUGCUGCCGGGAGAGCUGGCCAAGCACGCAGUCUCCGAGGGCACCAAGGCUGUCACCAAGUACACUAGUUCAAAGUAGAGCACCUCAGAGCGACAGUUUCAAUUCAAAGGCUCUUUUAAGAGCCAUCCUACAUACUCCUUAGAAGAGCUUUAGCACAGUUAGUGUCUCGGGCGUCUUGGGUGUACAAAACGUGGUUGUAAAAUGCUAAAUUCAAGUUAAAGUGCAACUGUUCAAUCAGUCAUAACUUCUUGCAAUUGCUAAUAAUGUCUCAAAACCUUGAAUAAAGUUCAGUUAUUUGUGACUACAUAAAUGCUGACUUCCAAUUUUUUCAGUAAAUGUAAGCGGUGUUGUGAAUCAGUACAGUAAUGAUUUAGGAUGUGUUGCAUUAUACAUUCCAUCAUCAAUGGGAAAGACUUUCACAUAGCUUGAACUUGGUAAAUUAA